UACAGCUGGACGACAAAUAGGGAUGCCCUGUGCCCCAGCAACGAGUUGGUCUCCUUGCUUGCUCUCUCUCUUCAGCACCCUGGAAGCCUUUGAUGGCGCGCGAAGCUUCUCGGCGACGGAAGCCCACUGCUGCUACCUCGAGGCCAUCGGGAAGGGCCCUGAUGGCCUGGCCCAGCUGCUGCUGCCGCGCGUGAGCGAAUCUUUUCUGAUCUUGGUGGCAGCUCCCGUGUUUCGGCAACUCAGUGCGCAGUGUGUGUGCGGAUUGUUGGGCUCCAAUCAUGUGGCGUCGCACUCAGAGAUCGAGGUCUUGUAUGCCGCUGUCACUUGGCUCUGCGAUGACUACGUGAAUCGGAUCAAACACAUCAAGUCCUUGCAGCUGUUGCCAGCCUACCUUCUGCUCCACUGGGCGGACCAUCUGGCUGAGCUCAAAGAGGAGCUGGCCCGGGAGCUGCGUGUUUGCCUGCGAGCGGGCAUCGGGCCGACUCCUCCAGCGAUUUGUGUGCACCACGCGCUUGGCUAGCCGAUCCCAAGUGUCCCCACAAGGACACAAAACUCAAUGCAAACAUUCGCGCGAGCGUGCAGAACUUCAUCGCUUACCUACAAAUACUUCAAACUUGACAAAC